AUGAAAAUAAGCACUUCGACACAUAAAAUGAAAACUGUUCUAUAUCAAUUCUUCAUUCUCCUAAUUAUCAAUUGUUUGAAAUGUGACGAUUCUGCAACGAAUAACGCCACGGAACCACCCCAAAAACCUUGGGUUUUGGAAUACUCGGAAAAGGAGGAGAAAAAAUUCGUCAUUUCUUAUUCAACUUUGCUUUCGAGUUGCGUUGUAGUCUUCAUUGGCAUCAUAAUUCUGGCAUGCUGUAUUCGAGAUUCGUUGACCAAAUUGCAGAUGUAUGAAGAGUAUAGGAAAGAUGUGAUGAAAAUAAGGGAAGAAAUGGAGGACCAUUAUAAUAUGGAAAUGAAGAAUCAGAUUUGGGAUUAUGAGAGAGAUAAAGAAAAGAAGAAGGAUAUGGACGAGAUGAGAAGGAGAGAGGCAGAUGAGGAGGAGAAGAAAAAGAAUCCUCCGUCGACAAAACAGAAAUCAGUGGCAUUAAAAGAACCAUCGAAGAAGAAAAAGGAGGUUCCGAAAGUGCCUGAGAAGAAAAAGAAAAUUCCUAAAAAGGAGGAAGAAUUCAAAUUCACUAAUCGAGGACCCAUCAUAUUCACGACACAAACUGUUGCUAGUUGGGAUAUAAUCAAUACUUUAGAAGAGAAGGAAGAGAAGAAGAUAUCGAUUAAAAAAGUGAAAUGGGAUGAGAAUCCGAUUGGAUAUCAUGAAACUGGAGUGGGUGUGGAUCAAGUUGAGAUACCAACACCGAGUUCAAGAGGUGGCUCUUCCUCUAUUAUGACUGCUUCUAUUCGACAAGUGAAAAAGCUCUGA